AUGGUUGUGCAGAAGCCGUGGCUGCCCGUCUACCUGCGGCUGCCGGCGGGGCCGCAGGCGUCGCUGGGGAUCCUGGCGUUCGAGGCGGCGGCGGCCAUGUCCAAGCUGCUGUCGCUGCACCGGUCAUUGUCGGACCAGGAGGUCUCCCGGCUGCGCUCCGACGCCAUGCGCUCGCCGGGCGUGGUGUACCUCAACUCCACCGACCAGGCGUUCCUCCUCAGGCUGGCCUGCGCCGAGCUGGUCGUGUCGCUGGACGCCGCGGCAGCCGCCGUCGCGCGCCUCGGCCUGCGGUGCGGCAUCGACUUCGGCGGCGUGUACGCCUGCCUCAAGGCCGGCGCCCCCGACGCGAGCCUCGACCCGCUCGUGGCCAAGGGGUUCAGGGUGAAGGCCAAGAAGAUGGAGCGCCUCGUCGCCGCCACGGCCAGGCUCUGCUCCGAGAUGGAGGCGCUCGACGAGCUGGAGUCCGCCGAGCGGAAGAUGAGCGUCCGAGGAUGGAGCCGCCUCAGCGGCCCGAUCCCACAGCACCCACAGGCGGCUGCGGCGGCGGCGGCGGCGGCGGCGGCCCAGCAGCAGCAGCAACAACUGGCCGGGGAUUCACCCGGCGCGGAGUCGCUCCUGCAGGAGCUCAAGACGCAGCAGCUCAAGGUGAAGCGCCUCAAGGAGGAGUCCCUGUGGAACCAGAGCUACAAGAAGGCCGUCGGCCUCAUGGCGCGCGCCGCCUGCGCGGUGUUCGUCCGCAUCUGCUCCAUCUUCGGCCCAUUCGUCCCUGGCCUCCCGCCGCCGCUGCCGUCGGCCACCACGGACAGCGUCCAGACCCGGCUGUCGAAGCUGCUGCACCCGCGAUCGGGGAAGGCGAAGGCGUCGUCCGGGCCGAUCACGCGUCGGGACGGCCCGUCCCGCGUGCACCCGCCGAUGACGAGCAACUCGUGCCCGAUCAUCGGGCGUCCCCCGCCGGGCCAGCAGAAGUCCCCCUCCAACUGGCGCAAGCUCCUCGACGCGCCGCCCAGCACCGUCGGCGGCGCGGGGCUGGACCAGCAGUACGCGAACGUGAUCGUGUCCGCGGAGGAGCUGCUGCGGAUGGAGGCCGAAGGCCGCCAGGAGGAGGCCUCCGCGGAGCGCGCCGAGAUGUACGAGAUGCUCCCCGCGAAGCUCCGCGCGGCGGUGCGGUCCAAGCUCCGGGAGUGGUGGCGCGACCCGGGCCAGCUGGACGAGGCCCUGGCGCGCGGGUGGAAGGACGCCGUGGACCGCAUCAUGGCGUGGCUGGGCCCGAUGGCGCGCGACACGGUGCAGUGGCAGGCGGAGCGGAACAUGGACCGGAGGCGCCGGUUCGACGGCGCGCCGCGCGUGUACGCGCUGCAGACGCUGCUGUGGGCGGACAAGGACAAGGCCGAGGCGGCCAUCGUGGAGGUGCUCGUCGCGCUCAGCUGCAUCUGCUGGUACGAGGAGCGACGGCGAGGCUCCGUCCGUCUCGGUUGA